AUUAUUGAUAAUUUUUAAUAGAGAGAAUAUAUUUUGGAAGGUUAGGUUGUAUCUUUAUACGGUAGUAUAUACAUGUUUUAGCUCGUUGUGGUUUUAAGAUUCAGGUCAAAGUUGGUAUUGAAUUGAGGUGCUUUAAAGUUAAUACCUUUAUUACAUAUCAGAAUAAAAAAAGAAGAAGAAGAAGAAGAAAAAAAAAUUAUGGAUUGGGAAUCAGUUUCAUUAUCAAAUUUACAACUUACAGAAACUGAGCACAGAUAUUAUGGUGAUAUUUUCAUCUAUUGUUGUGAAAAUUCUGACACCGAUACUACUGUGCCGAUGGUCAAGGUCGCUGAUUUGCUUCGAUCUGCCAAUUUACCUCGUAAUAUUACACUAAAGAUAUUCGAAAUUUGUGGAGGUUCAAAAAACAGUAAUCUUGGCCGGAAGCAAUUUUAUGCAAUACUGAAAUUAGUGGCUGCUCAUCAGGCAGGACUUGAGAUAAAUAUUGAUUCAGUAACGUCAGUUCUCGACGAAAUAGCACUUCCAAGAUUUACAUGGUCCAAUGAGGAAGAAGAAAAGCGAACAACAAUGAAAAAUAAAUCGGCAAAUCGUGUGCCAGAAAGUACAACUGAAAGUGAGAGUGAACAAGAAUCACCACGUGAAACAGGCGGUAGUACAGAUUCGCCAACACCAACAAAUAGCGUCACUCAAGAACGAAAUGAAAAUAUUCUUGGUAGUGAGGCAAUUCACAAUACUGUCACAAGUGGUUGGCAAGGUCUUUUAGUUUCUGAGGAGCAACGUCAACUUUUAGGUACCGAAGAGGAAUCCUCCGAACGUCACAGUAGUGAUGAUGGUGAUGCUGAUAAUUUCCCACCUGAAGAAGUUUGGACAAUUAAUGACGAGCAAAGAGAUUAUUAUGCCACUCAAUUCACACUAUUACAACCAGAUCCUGAAGGUCUUCUUGCUGGACCCGUGGCUCGGACAUUUUUCGAGAAAUCACGUCUUCCAGUUGCGGAAUUAAGACGUAUUUGGCAAUUGGCGGACGUGACCCGUGAUGGAGCAUUAAGCCUACAGGAAUUUUAUGUUGCAAUGCAUUUAGUUGUUUUGAGAAGAAAUCACAUUCCCCUGCCGGAUGUAUUGCCCACAACAUUGUCCUCUUCUUUAAUUCAAAAAACAAAUAAAGUUCCUUUAGUUGCAACAAAUUCAGGCAAUAGUAGUAGUAGUAAAGAAAAAAGUAAAGAGUGGACGAAAUUUGUUGACUCGCCAACGGGAACUGGAUCAUUAACAAGUCCAGGACCAAAACCAGUGAAUUUUGAUUUUCAAAAAGCAGCUGUUGAAAGGGAUCCGAAAAUUCUUCAUCCCGUACCAUUGAGACUGACGCCAGAUGCGGCGAUUUUAGCGUCCAGUGCAAAUGGCAGUAAUGGCACUGGAUCGAAUUUAGGAGAUGAAGAAUUACAAAUUCCCUCUACAACAUUAGUGCAAAGACCCCUUGCUAAGAAACCACCACCACCUCCUGAAGAGAGUGUCAUUGCGACGCCAAAAAAGGAGCCACCACCACCACCACCUCCUAGACCGUACAGAACGCACACCAGAAGUUCUAGUCUUGAUCUUAAUAAAUUAGGAAAAAAUGGCCAGAGCUUCUUGGGUGCUCCUCCUCUUGUACCACCAAGAGUAUCACCUGGAAUUACUUCACCACGAAAAUUGGUUGGUCAAAGAAGUGAGGGCGAAACACAACAACGUACUUCAAGUGAAUGUCAAGGAUUCGUCGCUGAUUUCUCGCAAUUCACAUCAACAAGGCCAGAAAUUGUUGAUUCUCAAACAAUUGAAAAUAUUGCUUCACAGCAAUUCACCGGUGUUUGUGGUGCGUUUCAUAUCUACAGAAAACCUAGUCCAAAGCGUGAGGCCGGUCAGCAUGAUGCGGCAAUUGAAGAUCCUGAAGAUAGUAAAAAUUUAACUUUACAGGAAUUACGAGAGAGAAAUGCCGAAUUGAGGCAAGUUUGUGAAGAAUUAACAAAAGAAUUAGCUGGUGCUCUUCAAGAACGAAUUAAUUUGCGUGCGAAACUCUUAUUAUUGACAUGAUCCCUUCGUCAAUCUUCCCUUUAUUUUUAAGUUAAACAUUAGACUUUAAUUUAUUUUGAACUAAGUUUUUUUUUUUUUGCCCUCAUAUAAUUGGUAAUUUUAUACCUUUUUUUUGCAUUUACAUGAAAAAAAAAGAAACAUGAUUUUUUAAAUUAUUUAUCAAGACUUAAUUUCCGCUUUUUUAAUUGUUUUUCCAAAUAUUAGAUUUUAAUAUAUGUAGGUCUUAAUUUUUUUUUUUUAACAACUAUGACCAGCACCUAAUUCUCAAUAUUUGUAUACAAUUGCCGCACGUUAAUCGAUGUUAAUUUCUUGAUUAAGUUUUACAAUAUUGUUAUAAAUUAAUUUUACGAGAUUUUUUAAAGAUUCUGAGACUAAUAGGACACAAUUUUGUUUAUCCGAAGUUUCAUUGGUAUUUGAAUUGUUAUUUUUUCGUUUUCACAUUUAAUUUCUACACAUCACAAUUUUCUUUUUUUCAAUUAUUAUUAUUAUUUUUCUUAUUAUUAUUAAAAACAAAUUUAAUGAUUAAAAUAACUAUUGAAAUUUCGGAAAUUAUAUAGAUAAUUUUAUAGAAAUAUUAUAAUUUUUUCUCAUUGAAAAUCAAAGUUCUAACGAAUAUAAAAAAGUUAAUUAUGAACAACGGGAAAUAAAAAAAUCUACAAAAUCUUAGCGACUAAAACUAAAAAAAAAUUCUCUGUAAUUAGAUUCAAUUUUCAUAGAUUAAAUUAAUUUUCAAUAUCCAUCAAACUUUUUUCAAAGGCACUAAAAGAUUUUGUAAAUCGGUUAAUUUAUAGUAAAAGAUAAUUUGAAUUUAUGAUAUAGGACAUUUUAAUAAUAAAUGAAAAUGUACAGAAUUGUAAAUUAUUAAAUGGCAGAUUUAUAAAAGAAAUUAUGAAUUUUAAAAUAUGUAAAUUUUUAUCAAUUUUAAUAAUUAAAUUUUCUUGAUUAUUGACAAGCAGAUUGUUCGUUAUAUAUAUAAAUAUUAUACAAAUAUUUUUAUUUAAUAAUAUAAAAAGAAAUUUUCAUUUUUAGUGCGUUUAAAUAAUUAUUAAACGUUUCUGUGCCAUAUAUAAUGCGAUGUGAUAUUUUGUUAAAAUGUAUAAUCUUCGACAUCGCUUAUUUUUUUAUUUUUUGACACACGAAUUUUGUGUCCUUAAAAAAAUUUUUGCAUAUAUAUAUAUUUAAUCCCAGGAUCAUUAAAAUAUAAUACUUAAAAAUACGCUCACAAUUUAAUUAUUAAAUAGGGUUUCAAAAUUACGUGUACUAUAAUUUUUUGUAAUUUUUACCCUAUAGCAUUGCAUAAAAAACAUUUACAUUAUGUAAUUACGUGUAAAAUAUAUAUAUAUAUAAAUUAUCAA